CCCCCGAGCGCAGGUGAGACCUGGAGAGAGAAAGCUCGCGGGUACCUCCUCCGCAUCAGCAUCCCCUCCGCCGCUGGUCCGCCAGCCUCCUCCCCGGGAGCUCGGCCCCCGGGAGGCUGCGCGCAGGCACGAAAGGGCGCCUCUUGGCCCUGCGGGCUCUGGCGGCGGAGACGCGCGGGGCGUGCUCGGGAGCGAGGAGCGAAAAGUUGUGCGCCCACUUGGUCCGCGGAAGGGAGCAAACGAGCGAAGGCGCGAGAGCGCAGGGGGGAGGCCGGAGGGGCGGGGUGGGGGUGGGGGGACCGCUUCCCUGAAUUUCCAAGUGGUAGACCUGCCUCUGCGCUCUGCCCAAUGAGAUCCAUAAGGGGAGGCACCCGGCUCACUUUUCCACAUCACUUCACAGUUACAUUUGGCAGGCAGGCGGGCUCGCACGCCGGAGCGUUCAGCCCCGAAUUAGUGGAUUUAUUUGGAAUCUCCCCGCCGCCUCGGAGCUCCUCAGCCGCCGCGGGUUCACGCGCACACCGGAGCGUCCCCGUAGCCGCUGCACUUUGGGCUGCGGACCUCGAGGACCUGUGUCAGCCCCGCACUCAGCCCCGCGGCUCCGGGAGGCAUGAACGGAAGCCGGAGGCGCCUGUCGAGCGCGCGGGGACCGGCCGGCGCUUGCUGCCCGCGGGAGCCGACCCUGCACCCCUCCAGCCAUUAGGGAACCUGAGGCUCGGCGUUCGCCAGCGCGGAGCUCCUCGAUAGAAAUUUCAAUGACAAGAGAAGCCAAUGGAUCGAGGUGUUAGCAAUACUGCUUCGAUGAUGUCUCUUUGCUGUGCUCUAAACAUGUGGCAGAGCUGUAAGUAAACGCUCCACACUGCAUGAUGAAGUGGAUGGCUGCAGACCGGAGGCAAAAAAAGUAAUUGUCUCAUUUUCAUGGUGAUUUGCGUAACUGGCGGGACCAUGCCAGAAAGACUAGCGGAAAUGCUCUUGGAUCUCUGGACUCCAUUAAUAAUAUUAUGGAUUACUCUUCCCCCUUGCAUUUACACGGCUCCGAUGAAUCAGUCUCAAGUUUUAAUGAGCGGAUCCCCCUUGGAACUAAAGCGGCUAAGUGAGGAGCAGCGGAUUUUGAACCGUUCCAAAAGGGGCUGGGUUUGGAAUCAAAUGUUUGUCCUGGAGGAGUUCUCUGGACCUGAACCGAUUCUUGUUGGUCGGCUACACACAGACCUGGACCCUGGCAGCAAAAAAAUCAAGUAUAUCCUAUCAGGUGAUGGAGCUGGGACAAUCUUUCAGAUAAAUGAUGCCACAGGAGAUAUCCAUGCUAUAAAAAGACUGGACCGAGAGGAGAAGGCGGAGUACACUCUCACAGCCCAGGCCGUGGACUGGGAGACGAACAAACCUCUGGAACCUCCUUCUGAAUUUAUUAUUAAAGUCCAGGACAUCAAUGACAACGCACCGGAGUUUCUUAACGGACCCUAUCACGCCACAGUGCCAGAGAUGUCCAUUUUGGGUACGUCUGUCACUAAUGUAACAGCCACCGACGCUGAUGACCCAGUUUAUGGAAACAGUGCAAAGUUGGUGUACAGUAUCUUGGAAGGACAGCCUUAUUUUUCCAUUGAGCCUGAAACAGCUAUUAUCAAAACUGCCCUUCCUAACAUGGACAGAGAAGCCAAGGAGGAGUACCUGGUGGUCAUCCAAGCCAAAGAUAUGGGUGGGCACUCUGGUGGUCUUUCUGGGACCACCACACUUACAGUCACCCUCACCGAUGUCAAUGACAAUCCUCCAAAAUUUGCACAGAGUCUCUAUCACUUCUCAGUCCCAGAAGAUGUAGUUCUUGGUACAGCAAUAGGACGAGUGAAGGCCAAUGACCAGGAUAUUGGUGAAAACGCACAAUCAUCAUAUGACAUCAUUGACGGAGAUGGCACAGCUCUCUUUGAAAUCACUUCCGAUACCCAGGCCCAGGAUGGCAUCAUAAGACUAAGACGGCCUCUGGAUUUUGAGACCAAAAAAUCCUAUACGCUGAAGGUAGAGGCAGCCAAUAUCCAUAUUGACCCACGUUUCAGUGGCAGGGGACCCUUCAAAGAUACAGCCACGGUCAAGAUUGUGGUUGAGGACUCUGACGAACCGCCCGUCUUCUCGUCACCAACUUACCUCCUUGAGGUCCAUGAAAAUGCUGCCCUCAACUCUGUGAUUGGCCAAGUGACAGCUCGUGACCCUGAUAUCACCUCCAGCCCUAUAAGGUUCUCCAUUGACCGACACACUGACCUGGAGAGACAAUUCAACAUUAAUGCAGAUGAUGGGAAGAUAACGCUGGCGACACCACUUGACAGAGAAUUAAGUGUCUGGCACAACAUAACAAUCAUUGCUACAGAAAUUAGGAACCACAGUCAGAUAUCCCGAGUACCUGUUGCUAUUAAAGUGCUGGAUGUCAAUGACAACGCCCCUGAAUUCGCAUCCGAAUAUGAGGCAUUUUUAUGUGAAAAUGGAAAACCCGGCCAAGUCAUUCAAACAGUGAGUGCCAUGGACAGAGAUGAUCCUAAAAAUGGACAUUAUUUCCUAUACAGUCUUCUUCCAGAAAUGGUCAACAAUCCAAAUUUCACCAUCAAGAAAAAUGAAGAUAAUUCCCUCAGCAUUUUGGCAAAGCAUAAUGGAUUCAACCGCCAGAAGCAAGAAGUCUAUCUUUUGCCAAUCAUAAUCAGUGACAGUGGGAACCCUCCGCUGAGUAGCACCAGCACCCUGACCAUCCGGGUCUGUGGUUGUAGCAAUGAAGGUGUUGUCCAGUCUUGUAAUGUUGAAGCUUAUGUCCUUCCCAUUGGACUCAGUAUGGGAGCCUUAAUUGCCAUAUUAGCAUGCAUCAUUUUGCUGCUAGUCAUCGUGGUGCUGUUUGUAACUCUGCGACGGCAUAAAAAUGAGCCAUUGAUUAUCAAAGAUGACGAAGACGUGCGGGAAAACAUCAUUCGCUACGAUGAUGAAGGCGGAGGCGAGGAGGACACCGAGGCGUUUGACAUUGCAACUUUGCAGAAUCCAGAUGGAAUUAAUGGAUUCUUGCCUCGGAAGGAUAUUAAGCCAGAUCUACAGUUCAUGCCAAGGCAAGGACUUGCUCCAGUUCCAAAUGGUGUAGAUGUCGAUGAAUUUAUUAAUGUGCGGCUACAUGAGGCCGAUAAUGACCCCACGGCCCCGCCAUAUGACUCCAUUCAGAUUUACGGCUAUGAAGGCCGGGGGUCAGUGGCUGGCUCCCUCAGCUCCCUGGAGUCUACUACGUCAGACUCAGACCAGAAUUUUGACUACCUCAGUGACUGGGGUCCCCGUUUUAAGAGACUGGGUGAACUCUACUCUGUUGGUGAAAGUGACAAAGAAACUUGACAGUGGAUGAGAAGGAAAUCAGAGGAACUGAGCAUUCUGUAAUAUUCUAGGGUCACCCUCCCUUAGAUGCAACCAAUGUGGCUAUUUGUUUUAGAGGCAAGUUUAGCACCAAUCAUCUAUAAACUCAACUACAUUUUAAUGUUGAACCAAAAAAAUAAGAAAAAAAAUAAAAAUUACAAGUUUAUGUUAGGAGGUUAUAAAUCUUGUGGAGUGUAAAUUAAAGUACGUGGAGUGUCUAGAAGUCUUUGGAUAUUUGAUAUUUACUUAACCACCAUAGACAAAGAUUGGGAUCCCGGCUGCUCCUUAGAGAAAUGGUUGGCGGGGGGAGAAAAAGAGGAAAAAUAAAAUAAAAAGGUGCUUUCUUAGAAAAAUGGAAAGAAAAAAAAAAAGGACCUACAAGGAAUUUGCUGCUGAUAUGUGUCUUCUGCAAGGAUUUUUUUUUUUAAAUGCAAGUGGUUUUUAUUCCCCCUCCUCCAACAAGGAUCCCGCCACAAACAUUAAAGCAAUACUUGGUCUGCUGUACGUUAUGACUUUUCUGGAGUUUUGGGAGGCCUCCUAGCUUAUACGGUACAGUGACCACACAUUGUACAUAAUUGUUGGCCCCACUCACCAGAGACUGAAGAGCAUCUUUAAAUAUUGUGUCGAGCCUUAAAAUAUUCACAUGUCCGUAAUCCAUUCCCGGGUGGGGACUGCCCACACAGCGGUGGGAGGAGAGAAAUCCCAUUCACACAGGCUGGUUUUCUAGAAGCAGGAUUACUCGUUCCCUCCACUUCAUCUCCUCCCAAAAGGACACAAAGAGAAGCUGUGCUGCACAGUGGACUAUAUCAGAGAGAGAAGGUUUUAUUGCUAGCGCGUGGAUUUAUUUGUUUAAACAAAUAAAUAUUUUAUCGAUGUCCAUUAAUGCUUUUAUUUAUUAAGGUUGAUAAUCUAUAGACUAAGGGACUAUAUGGGGAAGAAUAUAAAACCUAAAUUAUAUCCAUUAAUACUUUAGAUUGUUUUAUAUAUAUACAUAUAUAUAUAUACACACAAAAAUGAAUGUUUAAUACAUGUACAUUUUGAUGAGAUGAGUAUGGCAGGCAAUAUAAUAAAAAAAUAAAAAGGAGAAGUAACAAUUUCUUUAGAGUAGAAGUGUUAUUGUGACUGGUAAUGGCAGGAACAACAUUUUCCCAGAGAAAAUUUUGGACUGUUUUCUAUUUUGUUCAUAAUUCUAGUAUUGGUGUUUUUUUACUACAAGCACAAACAUCUGAAGGUAUAUUGGUUCAUGUGACUAUUUAAACUCUAGACUUUUAGAGACCCUCUAAUGACACCCCGCCCAAUGAAUAGGCUUCAAGUUACCCCACUGUAUUAGAGCAGGAACUGAUAUGUAUAUAAUUUGACUGCUUAUGUUUUCUAGCAUUUCUAUCCCUGACCCUCAUGGUGAUGCACAGAACGUCUUAGACUUCAAAAGAACCCGGCACUAGAAGAUGUGAGCAUAUCCAAUUUGUAAUGCAAACCUGCCAUUUUAGGAGUAGAAAAUGUAUGAUAAAACUCAAGUAUUACAUGCAGAUCAUUUUAAUUUUCUACUUUGCUUUAAUGCAAUAUUGUUUCUUUACUCCAUGUAUUGUAUUCAGAGAAACUCCUGUAUUGUUUCCUACUUUGUGAAAUAUAUUUUUAUAAAUAC